CGGAGCGCGGCGGCCGCCACUCGCCGUCGCGUCGGAGGGGCCGGCGGGAGCGGGCCCGGGGCCGCGCCGCCGACUCCGCCGCGCCACAAAAGGCCGCAGCAUGGUCCUGGUGCACGUCGGUUACCUGGUGCUGCCCGUCUUCGGCUCCGUGCGCAACAGAGGUGCUCCUUUUCAAAGGUCUCAGCAUCCCCAUGCUACCUCCUGCCGGCAUUUCCACCUGGGUCCCCAGCCUCAGCUCUCCACCGACUUCACCCUGCCCCACGCGGUGCAGCCCCAGCCGGGGCUGACCCCACACAUGGCCCCCACGCACCAGCACAGCGGUCCCCUGCACCAGCCCCUGGCACCGGUGCCAGCCCUGCCCUUCCAGGACGUGGCCGGACCCUCCUUCCUACCUCAGGCGCUUCACCAGCAAUACCUCCUCCAGCAGCAGCUCCUCGAGGCACAGCACCGCCGGCUCAUGCCCCAUCCCAGGCGGGCUCAAGAGCGCAUGUCCGUUCAGCCUCACCGUCUACACCCCAGCUUUGACUUCAGCCACCAACUGCAAACUCCACAACCCAUGGCUCCCCAGCCCAGGUAUUUAGCCGAAGGCACGGACUGGGACCUCAGUGUUGAUGCAGGACUGACUCACGCCCAGUUCCAGGUCCGGCCGGUCCCUCAGCCCUAUCAGCAUUACUUAGCUACACCUCGGAUGCACCAUUUCCCCAGAAGCACAUCCUCGACACAGAUGGUUGUUCACGAAAUCAGAAGUUACCCUUAUCCUCAGCUUCAGCUACUGGCUCUUCAGGGACUGAACUCAAGCAGACACACAUCUGCUGUGCGGGAGAGCUAUGAAGAGCUGCUGCAGCUGGAGGACAGGCUGGGCAAUGUGAGCCGGGGAGCCGUCCAGAACACCAUCGAGAGGUUCACCUUCCCCCACAAGUACAAGAAGAGAAGACCACAGGAGGGCAAAGCUGAGCAAGAGGAUGGAGAGGAGUCAGACACCGACGAGAAAUGCACAAUCUGUCUGUCCAUGCUUGAAGAUGGAGAAGACGUCAGGCGGUUGCCCUGUAUGCAUCUCUUCCACCAAGUGUGCGUGGACCAGUGGCUGGCCACCAGCAAGAAGUGCCCGAUCUGCAGGGUGGACAUUGAAACACAGCUCGGCUCGGACAGCUGAAAGGACUGGCUGGACACACCAUUUUCCUUACACCAGGUCGUAUGGCCAUAAACCCUUGCAGCAAAAUUUUUGCCUUCUGAGCCAUUUGAUUGAGAGGAAAAGUCUGCAGGCAUGUUAGCGAGGAGGAGGAGGAGGAGGAGGUGGUGGUACCAUAUCUAGCGGUAGGAGACAUUGCACAUACGCAGGAGACAGGCCCGGUAGAAGGGAGCUGGUAUUCCCGGGGCUCAGAGACCCCGUGCUGCAGAAGAUUUUAGUGUUGAACAUGAAGGGAACUAGUUGUGGUAGUGUGGCCUGUCAAUCCUGCAUCUCAUGGGGAUUGUAUAUAUAUACCUCUUGAAUACGUAGAAACAUGUUAGGGGUCCUUUAGCUAUUUCUAUGGAUGGCAGCUGGAGCAUGUUAGCUUAAGAAAUGUUGUGUUUGAUGCCCUACUCAUCUUGUGGUGGACAUGUUGCUGUUACCUAAUUUGCACCAAAUAUUUUUUCAUAGAUUCCUUAUUUUGGUGCCUGAUCAAUACAUUGCAGAUGGGGAAUAAAGAGGUCAAGCUUUCCCACCUCUUGAGGGGGAAAGGGGCGAAAAAGCAAAAUCCUGUUUACAGUCAGAAGGGUUGCGCUCUUUGCCUCAGCCGCGUGUGCUUCCUUUCCUUGUGUUUACAGUGUGUUGCAAAUUUAGAGAAGCUCAAAAAAUAAUAAAAAUUGGGAAUGAAAUGAAUGAAGCAAUAGGGACAAGCUUCGUUCCUGCUUAUCUGCUGGUGCUGGACGCUUUCUGUAGGGGCGCAAUGUCGGUGUAGACGCUGUUUCUUUGCUUUCCGUAUCUUAAUGAAGUGGCUUGGCACAUCGCAAUCCAAGAAAGGGCUGUCUUUGUGAUUGCCGUUGUCUGUGAUGUUUUCUCCUGUGAUCUGUGAGGCUGGCUGGCUUCAGAAUCUACUGCCAGCACUGGUCCAAGACGAUGGUUACUGGAGCCGGUGCCUGUAGCUGUGGUUUGGGGUUUAAUAACACCGGAGAGGUGCUGAGAGAUGCACGUUGCCAACUCCUCUCCUGUGCAAAUACAUCUCUGAUAACGAGAUGGGAGAAAACUCAGUGCUCACGAGACACUGCUGAGGCUGUGAGUAUAUUGGCACAGGGGGGAGAAAGCAGGUUGGAAAGGGGGUUUGCUGCUCUCUGGAAGGGCUGGGUUGUAGCCCUGCUGCAAAGCACGUUCACCUGCACCUGCGUGCGCUUGUUUAAAAAUUAAACCGAAUUGCAUUAAUAUUCAAAAGACAAUUAGGAGCUGGUCCCCAAAGAAGUGAGCUGUUGCGAUCUAAGCUUCCCCUGAAAUAAAGAUCUCUGCACACCAACCGUAGUGACCAAGCUGAAAACCCUCUGGACAACUGGCAUUCACAACUAAAACUUCUUUUUUUCAAAUA